GGGAUAUGUGGCAGCCUCAUUCCGGUAACGGCAAGGACACAGUGAAGAGCUCCCGUGCCGGCUUGUCUCCGUUCUCCAUUACCAGUUCUUCUAGUCAGCAGCCGCCGCCAUGGUCAGCCGAGUGACAGUUGUGGUGCUCGUUGCCUCCCUCGCCCUGGCCGCCUGUCAGACCUUCCAGUACAGCAGAGGCUGGACGAACGGACGAAAAAGGUCCGCUGAGCUGGGUGGCGUGGUGGGCGUGUCCAGCGGGCGGCGUGCGGGCGUGGACUUCGUGGCAGCAGACCCCCGCCGCAGCCUACAGCAGCAGACCCCAGCCCCCCGCCACUCCCUGCCCCGGGACAUUGAGGAGAGGCUGCGGGCGGUUGAGGCGGGAGUGAGUGCCCUUCUUCGCGCAGCCCAGCAGAACCCCGAGGCAGCAGCAGCAGCAGUAGCAGGAGAGCAGGACUACUAUGCCCAAAACUAACCCUACCACACCCAGAGGACACCCAGGGACACAUCGCAACGCCCUCUACACCCUCACAAUACCCGUUACAUCCAGAAAGAAACCAGGAACACAUAACAACACUUCCUUCUACCUUGACAACACACACUACACCCAACACAAAACUAGUUAGGCACUCAACACUCAUAACACAUGAAGCAACACCCAUUAUACCCUCACAACGUCCAUUAUACUCCCACGCUACACAAAACACACACACGCACACGCUUUCACCUCGUUUCCCUCCGAUACCUGAAGAAAGCACACAGUUUCCUGAAGAAGUGAAGAAGGAGGUGGUCUUGUGACGUGACGCUGCUGUGUGUGUGCGUGUGUGUGUGUGUGCUUAAGGCGUCACGCGGCUUGUGUCAUUCAGUCGCCUGUGGAGAGAAGAAUCAUUCCUGGUUGAUGUCAUUAUGGUGUGAAGAGGGUGAUAACAAUAAAUAUAUACCUUUA